AUGGAUGAUUCCAGCGAUAACACUCAAGAAGGUGCUGCGUCGACAACAUCCAGUUGUUUCGAUGUGCGGGUACGACCAUUGCCUACUCGUCAGCAGCAACAACAUCAGCUGCUGAGAAGUAGAUCAAAUUCCUCCUCACCAUCUCCCUCAACAUCGGGUCGGGCCACACCAGCAUCAUUGGGUGCUGCAAGUGCCGGUAGUGCUGGCAGUAGCGGUAGUUCUCAUCAUCAUCAGCAGCAGGCAUUUCAACAAAAUUAUCAGUACUUAACCCAAACUCAUAACUACUUCGUUCGCUCUCAAGAUGCUCAGGUCAGUGGUGUGGGACACAAUUAUUUGCACACCUUUCCCUCGGCUGCAAAUCAAAGUCAUUAUUUCCAGCAACAGCAUCAGCAACACUACCACACUCAAUAUGCCACACAUCAUCCGCAAGCGCAUUUGAUGUCUCCUUAUAUGCAGCAACACCACCAACAACAGCAGCAGCAACAUUCGUUGCCACCACUUUAUGCCACUUCACAUUCCUUAAAUUCUUCCCCCUUGCUUACCAAACGGGCCAUCUCCUUUAGCGGCAACAUGCCUUUAAGUCGUCAACAAAUGGAAUCGGGACUUGGCAGCCCGGCAAAUGCUUUUCAACGUAGCCAAGCUACGGCCCAAUCGACACCAAAUAGUCCACGUUUAAUGCCACGUCGGACCCAAAAACCACCACCAAUACCGGCUAAACCACCCACCAUUAGUAGCGGAACUGGAUUCCCAGUGCCUCAAAUCAAAAUACAUCAGUGA